CCCUGCGGUACUGACUAAAAAUAUUGCAAAACGGUCAAUAAUUGUAAUAAGAAGGAGGGUAGUUUAGGUAAUAUAACAAAAAGCUCCUGAACCCUUGGAAUCUACGGAGAAGAAGAACCUCACGAUGAUCUCGAGAAUGGAGACUAUAUAAAAGCCGUAUUACCUAAAUUGAAAGCUGUACACUGUAAUCUCCGGCUUCCUUUUCCGAUCUUAUGGAGCCCGGUGGUCCGCCCACGCCGCCGCCGCUCCCUCCUCUGCCUACCGGCGCUAUACUCCUCGGCAAGUACCAAUUGGGACGUUUCCUCGGUCGUGGAAGCUUUGCCAAGGUGUACCAGGCCUGUUCUCUUGCCGAUAACUCCAUCGUCGCCAUUAAAAUCAUUGACAAGAACAAAACCAUCGAUGCCGCUAUGGAGCCGUGCAUUGUCCGUGAGAUUUCCGUCAUGCGCCGUCUUCAGCACCAUCCGAAUAUCCUCAGAAUCCAUGAAGUUAUGGCGACGAAGACGAAGAUCUACCUCGUUGUCGAUUACGCCUCUGGCGGUGAGCUAUUCGCGAAACUCCUCCGCCGUGGACGGCUGACAGAAUCAACCGCCCGCCGGUACUUUCAACAACUGGUAUCUGCUCUACAUUUCUGUCACCAGAACGGUGUCGCUCAUCGCGACAUCAAGCCCCAAAAUCUUCUACUCGAUGAAGACGGUAACCUCAAGGUCUCCGACUUCGGUCUCUCGGCCUUACCAGAGCAGAUCAAAGACGGAAUGCUCCAUACCGCAUGCGGAACUCCAGCAUACACCGCGCCGGAGGUUGUUUCCCGACGAGGCUACGACGGCGCUAAAGCCGACGCGUGGUCCUGCGGCGUUAUCCUCUUCGUUUUACUCUCCGGCCAUCUUCCAUUCAGCGACAACAACCUGGUCGCCAUGUACAAGAAGGUUUAUCGACGGGAAUAUCACUUCCCCGAUUCAAUUUCGAAGCCAGCGAGACAUUUGAUCUUCCAAUUACUCGAUCCUGAUCCGAAUACAAGGAUGAGCAUGGAGGCGUUGAUGCAGCAUUCGUGGUUCAAGAAAUCGCUGCGAUCGAAGCCCCAAAUUAACAACAAGAGCUUGUUUGAAUCAUUGGGUAAUUACAAAUCUGAUUUAGGGGUUUCUGGGUUAAAUGCGUUUCAUAUAAUAUCGAUGUCUUCUGGGUUGGAUCUGUCUGGUUUGUUCGAGACAACGGAUUGUAAGAAGAAGAGGUUCACGACAGGUGUGAGUAUGGAGAAGGUGGAAGAAAGGGUAACAGAGAUUGGAGGAGAAUUGGGUUACAGAGUGGAGAAAGGGAAAAGUGGGGCAAUUGGGUUGGGGAAAGGAAGGAUGAUACUGGUGGUGGAGGCUUUGAAAAUAACCUCAAAUCUGUUAAUGGUGGAAGUGAAGGCAGCUGAAUCCAAGAUGGAGUUUGAGAGGACGCAUUGGGGGGAUUUGAAAGCCAAGUUGCAGGACAUUGUUGGUUCCUGGCACUCAAAUGAGGCAAUGUGAAUGAGAAUUAGGAUUCCUUGGGCUUGUUUCACCGACCAAACCGCGGGGGGGCUCCGCCGGAGGACGGUUCGUUGUCUAUAAACAUGUUUAUAUGCAUAUAUGCAAAGGGAUUUUCGAGCUUACUGAGAGAGAUAGGGAAGACAUGAUCCAAUUCCAAGAUUGUACUCCUGUAUUUGGGAAAGUUCAUUCCAGAAAUGACAUGAACAGAGAUAUGAUGAAGUUCCCUCCAUGAUCAAACGAAAGCUUCAAGUUUCACUUUCAGGUUCGUUUGUAAUGCUUUUGGAAGCUUCAAGUAAUUCUGUUCUCUGUAAGAAGUUUAACUGCCCUGAGUGGUGGUUCUCUAUUGAUUUAUAUAAAAUAACUUCCUAAUUUACUCUUA